UAUGCGUUGCUAAAAUCAUGGUGAAAUGUUGCUCGGCCAUUGGAUGUGCUUCUCGCUGUUUGCCAAAUUCCAAGUUAAAAGGAUUAACGUUUCACGUAUUCCCCACAGAUGAGAACAUGAAAAGAAAAUGGGUAUUAGCAAUGAAAAGACUUGAUGUAAAUGCUGCAGGUAUUUGGGAGCCUAAAAAAGGAGAUGUGUUGUGUUCAAGGCACUUUAAGAAGACAGAUUUUGAUAGAAGUGCUCCAAAUAUUAAGCUCAAACCUGGGGUCGUACCUUCUAUCUUUGAUUCCCCCUCUCAUUUACAGGGGAAAAGAGAAAAACUUCAUUGUGGAAAAAACUUUGCCCUCAAAACAUUUCCCAUCACAAACCAUAAUCACCAGCUUGUUGGUGCUUCCUCAUGCGUUGAAGAAUUCCAAUCCCAGUUCAUUUUUGAACAUAGCUACAGUGUAAUGGACAGUCCAAAGAAACUUAAACAUAAAUUAGAUCACGUAAUCAGCGAGCUAGAGGAUGCCAAGGAAACUCUGCGGAAUGUUUUAGACCGAGAAAAACAAUUCCAAAAAUCAUUGAGGAAGACAAUCAGAGAAUUGAAGGAUGAAUGUCUCAUCAGCCAAGAAACAGCAAAUAGACUGGAAGCUUUCUGUUGGGAGUGUUGUCAGGAGAGCAUAGAGCAAGAUUAUAUCUCAUGA